GCGUCCGGGGUCAGCCUGGGCGGGGUUGUACUUCCUGUGUCUCCCUGCUCCGGGUAGGCCUCGCGCUCGCGAUGAGCUUCUUGAAGCGCAUCCCGGAGCCGAGCGAGGGGAUCCGGCUGCGGCAACCCGAGACGGAGGCCGUGCUCGCGGGACGGGGCCUGGGCACCGGCAGCCUGUACAUCGCGGAGAGUCGUCUGUCAUGGAUAGCAGAUUCAGGCCUUGGAUUCUCACUGGACUAUCCCAUCAUAAGUUUACAUGCCAUCUCCAGGGACUUGAAUACCUACCCGUGGGAACAUUUGUACGUCAUGGUGAAUGCAAAGUUUGAAGUAGAAGAAUCUCGAGAAAAUCCCAUUCCGGAGGAGGGAGAAGAGGAGAGCGACGAUGAGUUUGAACCCAUCUCCGAAUUCCGAUUUGUACCCAGCGACAAAUCAGCAUUGGAAGCCAUGUUCACCGCCAUGUGCGAAUGCCAGGCCCUGCACCCCGACCCGGAGGACGAAGACUCCGAUAGCAAUUACGAUGGCGAGGAAUAUGACGUCGAGGCUCACGAAAUCGGCCAAGGCGAUAUCCCGUCCUUCUACACGUAUGAGGAAGGCUUGUCGCGUUUAACAGCCGAGGGUCAGGCGACCUUGGAGAGGCUGGAGGGGAUGCUGGCCCAGUCUAUAAGCACUCAGUACCACAUGGCUGGGGUGCGAACGGAAGAUACUCUGAGGGACUUCGAAGAUGGAAUGGAAGUCGACGCGGCCCCAGUAGUUACGGGACAGUUUGAAGAUGCCGAUGUUGAUCAUUAAAAGAAGAUUCUCUUGGCGUCUUCAAAGCAGAAUUCCCCAAGAUGGACCAGGUUACAAGAAUGAACACAGUUCCACUGUUAGACCCAAACAUGAAGACUGUAAAUGGUUUUGUAGCUGUGCUUAUAAAACAUGAUUUGACUUUUUUUUGCAUACACAUAGACGCAACACACACAAAAGGGGAAUUUAUAUCUUGGCUCUGAUCGGAGAAUUAAUUAUGGCUUACAAUUGGAGAGCCUUUUACAUGAUAUACUAGAGUAGAGAAGUCCAAUUUCAACAAGUUUUUAAGACUAGUGGACUUCAACUCCUAGAAUUCCCCAGCCAGCCACGCUGGCUGGGGAAUUCUGGCUGUUGAACGUCUCAAAGUCUUAAAUUCUGGGAGUUGAAGUCCACAAAUCUUAAAAGAUUGGACACGCUUGUAGGUACUAGAGGGCAAGGAAUAAAAUUGUAACUUAGAACAGAAUUCUAGGCGUUUCCAGGGAUCGUUCCCGUAUGUUUUAAUGCUUGUUUUGUCUACAGCCAAGUUCAGACAACAGGAAUUUUAUUAUGCUAUUAUCUAAGGUGACUAGUGUUACGACAGAGGGGCGAAGUCGAGGAAAUUGUGGGAACCCUGCAGAGAAUUGACUCCGUCUCUCCGAGAAUCUUAUAUGGUGUUUCUAAGGGCCCAUUUUGGCAUCGAAGCAGACGGUUCUGCGCUCCAGAUAAAACACUUUUUGUUAUUUCUGCUAUAAAUGAAAAUGAAGUGGUUGAAUAAAGAUGAUUUUUGUACCUUA